UCGGAGUUUUGGUCGGCCAUUCUUCAUGCCUGGCAGACAGUGAAACCGGACAUGCUGUGUAACCCCAAGACCAAGGAGGAGGUCCUUUCACAAAUUAUAUUUGAAAAUCCUAGUAUCAGAGAUGGCGGGGGUAAGAUGCUUAUGGCGGAUUCCUCACCAGGGAGUUUUGGGAGAACCUGGGUGGAACGGGGAGUGGUCAGAUUGAGGGACAUGUGGAAUGAACCAACAGGCAACUGGUACUCGGACGUGGAGAUGGAGGAGAGACUGAAACCGUCUAGGUUCAUCAGGGACCGGAGGCUGCAGGUGUUAGAUGCCCUUCCAGAGGAGUGGCGAUUGAUCCUGUCCCCGUGGCAGGUCAACCCGCCUGGAACCUGGUACUCUAUGCAGACCCGAGACACAGAGCCGUUGUUUCUGAAGCAGGUGACAAUGCCGCCAGAUGGAGAGCCCAGAUUCCAACAAUGGAAGCAGGAAGGCAUGGAAGAGAAGCUUGUAGUCUGCGAAGGUGAGGAGUUCAUUAAGUUCCCACGGGGAGCAAUGAAGGAAAUAAGGGUGAAGGAAGUGGUGGAUGAGGAGGGUAACUGGAAGGUGAGGCUGUGGAACCAAGGGACGCCAAUCUCAAGCCUCAGAGUAGAUCCCAAUCAAUGGGGUUGGAGAGGGAGAGGAGCUAAGGGAGAAAUGGUGCUACUAGACGGCUUUUCGCUCCAGCUGGCGUAUGAAGUACAGACCCCGGAUCGGUCCCCUCUGAUGGCGGCGACAGAAAGAUGGAGACGGGUCUACUCUGAGGAUAUUGAAGGCAUCAGCAAAGCCCUGCAAAGAUGUUGGGAACAGCUUGCGGAGGCUCCGUAUCCGAAGGCUGCAGCAUUGCUCUGGGUGACCUCCCUUUUGGCGACUCCCUCGGCGGUGUCUCUGUUGAGCCGGGGGUUGAAGAUUGAAACGCAGUGUAAAAGAUGUCUAUGGGCCUUUGAGUCGACCAUGCAUAUCUGGUGGGACUGUCCGGCCUUGAGACGCAUAUGGGAGUGGUGGGCUAGACAAUGGAAGGAGUGGACGGGAGAGACGUUGGUUUAGGGUUUAGGGUUUAGGGUUUAGGGUUUAGGUGGGACAGAGAGUGGGUCCUGCUAGGAGGGGUCCCAGAGAACCUCCACUUG